AUGGCGCCGCCUCGAUCUUCGUCCUCCCAGACGGGCUGUCCACAUAGUGUCUUGACGUCCUCGCCUUCACCAUAUGCCCUAUCAUCAGGACAUCAGCCUUAUACCGAGCAUCGACUUCUGACCGCCAUAACCGGGGAGCGAAAGCACGUUGCCGAUGCUGCGUCGCAGUACCAUCUCGCGAAAUUCCCCGCACCACUCGUCUUGCCCGGUGACGCCAUCGACCUAGAUCCGAAAUACCCUUCUCAGAGUUUUCGAUCGUGGGUGAACGAAGGCGAGAGGAACCCCAUUACCGCUGAGGGACAUGUCAUCUACGUCGCUGCUCCACCAGAGAUCGACCGAAGCGUGGAAUUCAUGGAUGAUUGGCGUCGUCCCAAUAUCGAGUCAUCAAUGGCAGAGCAGCAGGCAGCCUUUGUUACGGAUGUUGACGUUCGGAGCCUCAUCUCCUACCUGCAAGCCUUCUACUACGGCCUUGAGGUUAAGCCACUCCCCGUGCCUCUGACAUUCACCACCUGGGACGAGUCCAUCAAAUCCAAAUCAGUUUCCAAGAGUCGUAAAACGCGCGAUAUCCAGGCUGUGGCGCUGUCCAACGGCACCGAGGCCACUCGUGUCCGAGUUCGCAGAACGCCGCCUCCAAAUGCAAAUUCAGAAGGUGCCUUCCCGUACAGCCAUCAGCUGAACCUGAACGACAUGACGGACAUGGCACUCAGCAUGCUCCCCUCCGACGCUUAUGCACUGCUGUUCGUCUCGUCGCACGACAUGUACGAGUCUGAAGACGAUGAUUUCUGCUGUGGCCGAGCAUGGGGCGCCAGUCGGGUCGCCAUUGUCUCAAGUGCCAGAUACCAGCCUUGCCUUGAUGACGUCCACGGCGUUGACCGAGAACACAUCUGGCCCGCUAGCCAUUGCACAGACUUCGUGGACAGGCUGAGCGGUCUUGAUCACAGCCAGCGGAACAGGCGCAACGGUGCCAAGAAGCGCACGGUCGCCGACCGACAAGCUUCGGGAGCUCAGUCAGCGGCAACAGAUCAGCCCUUGACCAGAGCGGUCAGUGCAGCCAGUCUGUCCGCUGUCGACAUCAACGGCGUGUUUCUAUUUCGUCUCUGCCGCACGGCGUCACAUGAAUUGGGCCACUGCUUUGGACUUGAUCACUGCAUGUACAUGGCUUGCAUGAUGCAAGGUACGGCGUCAAUGGCGGAAGAUAUGAGGCAGCCGCCGUAUCUGUGCCCCGUGUGUGAAGCAAAGGUCGCUUGGGCGGUUGUGGCCGAGCCUCAAACCGGAGGUCGAGCCAAAAGAGCCGCGGAUCAGACCAGGGAGAAGAAUUGGGAUGCGCGGACCGAGGACGACAAGCGAGAGAUGCAAUUGGUGAAGUGGAAGAAGGAGAGGUGGGGAGCAAUAGAGACGUUUUGCGAGCAAGUCAGUGGCGCUUUUGCUCCCCUGCUGGCGUGGUCAACAGCUAUCCUCGCCGCAUGA